UCGUUUUUGCUUAGUGCUGUAACACGUCCAGCAGGCAAGAUGCCUGGAUUUACGGACGAGGAACCUGACAUCCUUCCUCAAGCAUUCUGACUACAGGCCUUGCGGAUCAGAAAGCCAGACCUGAUUAUUACGAGCCGUCAGAUCUGCAUUCACAUCACUUACGUAAACUGCACCAGCUAAUGUUACCGUAACGUUACCUGUGUUGUCCUGUCAACGUUGUCACAAGUUCAUCCGCAUUUAACGCUAACUGUUAACUUAGCUAGCUAACGUUACAGCUUUAGAGGACUGAAGCUUUCUUGUGCUAAAAUUGAAGAUACAGGUGAUUAAACUCGCUUAAACCGAACUGUGAAUAUACUGGUUGACGUUAGGGUUAAUAGCCAACCACCUCAAUCCCUGCAUUUGGUAGUUUAUACAGGCGACAGCAGCUGCUUGUAAAAAUAUUUCGUCGAAGGCUAACAUUAAGGAGUGGUUUCUGUCCAUAACGCUAAGUUACUUAAAAUACGUAGGCACAGAACAGCGCGAACUUUAACAAGCUAACAUUAACGACAUCAACCUGCUGCCAACCAGCUAAGUUAGGUAACUGCUCUGUUCUGUGUACACAACUGUACUUACCAGCAAAUACAACGAGCCUUAAGCCACAUAUCUGCUAACGCUCAACCACUAGAACUGCUACAUCAAUGCUAAUGCUAGCGAACGUUAACUAGCAUGGGUCCGAGAAAGAGAGGAGCAAAGAAAAGGAAAACCGAGGAGGCUUUUGGAGGAGAAAAGGAGGGUGAACACACUGAGGAGGAGGAGGCUGAAGGGAGAGGAGACAGGAGGAGAAAGGACCCUGCUAAUAAGAAAUACAUUGGAGCUCAUGUUGGCAUCCAAGGUGGGAUAUGGAAAGCAGUGGAGUCCUCCACAGAGAUGGGUGGCAGCAGUUUUGCCCUGUUUCUGGGCUCACAGCGGUCAUGGAAGAGGCCUGCACUGGACCAGACAGCUGCAGCCAAGUUUCGGGAGCAAUGUUUCCUACAAGAGUUCGACCCAGCUCACAUCCUGCCUCAUGGGUCCUACCUGAUGAACUGUGGAUCUCCUAAAGAGGACGUGUUUGAGAAGAGCCAGGCCCUGCUCGUGGAUGAGCUCAGCCGCUGCAGCCUCCUGGGCCUCAACCUUUACAACUUCCACCCAGGCUCCUCUCUAGGCUCCAUCACCACUGAGCAGUGUGUGGACAAGAUAGCAGGAUCCAUUAACCACGCUCACCAGCAAACACCUGCUGUGGUUACAGUUUUGGAGAACAUGAGUGGUCAGGGCAGUACGGUGGGCGGUAAAUUCUCAGAGCUGAAGAGCAUUAUAGACAAAGUGAGAGACCAGACCAGAGUAGGAGUGUGUCUAGAUACCUGCCACGCCUUCGCAGCAGGACAUGACCUGGCUGCAGAGGGAGGAGUGAAGGCCAUGCUUGAUGAGUUUGAUCAGGAAGUAGGGCUCCACUAUCUUAAAGCCAUCCAUCUCAAUGACUCCAAAGGUAAACUAGGCUGCAACCUUGAUCGCCAUGAAGACAUAGGUAAAGGUCACAUUGGAAUCUCUGCUUUCCGAGAUAUUGUCAAUGAGCCCAGACUGGACAACAUCCCUCUGAUACUGGAGACACCUGGACGGCCAGGAUUUGAGUAUGCUGAGCAGAUUGAACUCCUCUAUUCUCUCUGUGAGAAAAAGUAAAGAACCCUUACUGACGAAUUAGCACCCUGCGAAAACCACAGCUCACACGUCUGUUAAGUGUUUGUCAAGGACCAAAGUGGAUGAGUGAUUAAACACACUCAGAAUUUGUUUGGUUGUUAAUCACCGUGUGAACAGCUUCAGUAGGCUUUGUCUCUGAAUGAACAUGAGUUGAAUAAAUGUCUUUUUGUUUGA